UUUCUCUCUCACACGCGGACCGGACCACCCGAAACCAGGAGCCAAACUGUCCCGAAAGAAAAGAAAACCUUUUUAUUUCACGCCUUUUUUUCCCCUCACAAAAGAGAGGGAAAUAAUAUUCCGGGGGCCGCCCGCGCCGGAACCGACCGCUUCGCCGGCAGCGAGCCGGAGACCCCGCGGAGGCCCCUACCCCCCGCGCCGGCGGGGGCGGAGGGAGGAGGAGGAGCAGUACAAGGAGGAAGGGGGCUCUGGGAGCCCCGGAGGAGAAGAAGCUUCUACAAGCUCCCGGAGGCGGGGGCGAGCGCGCGCCGCGGCCAGCGUGAUCUCGGCGGCAAAAGUCGCGCGGUGGCGCCGCCGGGGAGGGUGCGCCUCUGGAUGCCGGCACCCUCCGUGAGUUGAAUGGUUGCCAGAUCUCGAGGUGGAGGGGAGCUUCUCGAAGCGGGGUGAGGCGGGCGGGCCGGCCGGCGGUUAGGGUUUGGUGGGAGGCGGCAUGGUGGGGAGCUCGGUGGAGGUAGGAGCGGACGGGGAUGGGGGCUGCUGCGGCGUCGGGGACACCUCGCCGGGGACCAUCGUGUGGGUGCGGCGGAGGAACGGCUCGUGGUGGCCCGGCAGGAUCCUGGGCCCCGAGGAGCUCCCGCCGUCGCAGAUCAUGUCCCCGAGGUCCGGAACGCCGGUCAAGCUCCUCGGCCGGGAGGACGCAAGCGUGGAUUGGUAUAACCUUGAGAAAUCAAAGCGUGUUAAAGCAUUCAGGUGUGGGGAGUUUGAUGCCUGUAUUGAGAAGGCAGAGGCUACUCAAGGGACUCUUGUGAAGAAAAGAGAAAAGUAUGCACGGAGAGAGGAUGCUAUUCUUCAUGCUCUUGAAUUGGAGAGGAAGCAGCUUGCAUCGAAGUAUCAGACUCAAGGUUUCAGGCCUGGACCACCUGGUAACAUUUCUGCUUGCACUAAGCACCGCAAAGACCUUGGAAGUACUCGCUACAAGAGCAAAAAGAGCAAGAAACGUAAAGAUGCAUCUGUUCCUCCUGAAGUAAAGAAAGAAGCAGGUCAAUGUUUUCUACAUGCUGGUUCAAAGAGAAACAUUUCAGAAUGCCUUGCACAAGGAAAUGUUGUAAGUAACCACAUGGGUGAUUUCUCCCAUUUGAGAUAUUCUCAGGGAGGUGCAACUUUAGAGAGCAAGGAGAGAAGUACAAUUGUGAAGAAGAAUAGGUCGGACGGAAGUGAUUUUGAAGACUCUCUUGUUUCAAAAUCUGAUAGACGCCGACCAUUUGCUCAAGUUUUGCAGAGCAGUGAAAAAUCACCUCAUCAUUUACAGCAAGAUGAUCACGGGGCUUUGUUAAUUGGGGAGAAUAAUAAUCCAUCACUUGCCUCCUCCCGGUCCAGAAGAAGUAAAUAUACAUAUAUGGGUAGUGAUUCUGGUGAAACUCAAAGUCAUAGUGAUUUACCUUCUGUACAAAUGGCUUCUACAGGAGUUGAUUUUGAGAAUGAAAGCUAUCUUCAGCCUGGUUAUUUUUCUGAGGAGCAUACUUCUUCUGACUUUGUUGAAAAACAAAUAACUGAGUCUUCAGAGAGGGAAUGUUCAGAGAGUGAGACUGAAGAUGAUGCUGAACUUUUGCAAACUGCAAAUGUGAUUCUACCUAUAGAGUCACGUGCUCCUGAUCCUUACUCGAUUCCAGCUUCUGACAAGUUCAGGCAUGUUGAUUAUGAUGACAAUGAGACCACUUAUUCUACUUACAUGCCCCAGUUGAAUGAAUCAGAGGAAGAAGAUGGUUCUUCUGAGCUAGGCGUCUCCCAGUGGCAUAUGAAAGGUAAACGUAACAGCCGUAAUGCAGCGAAGAGAUUGGUGGAUAUGACAGAUGGAAAUACCUGGUUAAAUAAAUACAAUAGUUCAUUAAAAGGGCCUUUGCAUAAGACAAAUGGUGGAAAUCCCAGAAAAGAAAGUAUGCAAACCUCUGGUGAGCAGUUUCAUGGGCAAAGUUUUUAUCAAGUUAAAGAGGAGCCCAAUUAUGAUUCUGAGGAAACUGAUUUAUUCGAGGACACAAGCCAUUCAGAGGCUAACCUGUACCAUGGUAAAAAAUAUCAUUCAUCCUUGAGAACCACAAGAGAUCUUAACAGGAGCUAUAGUUACUUUAAUGACUACGAGAAUGGCUCUACAAAUCUUUCUUCCCUAAACAAGGAUGCUGAUCAAGUAUAUCGAGUUGAUCGGAAUGCAUAUUGGGAUGGACCUACAUUUUACCAAAGAAAGUUCACUUCGCGUUUUGGUGGCAUGGGACCAAUGUUGUUUGAUGUUGACCUGAAAGUUCAGGCCAGCUACCAAGGAGAGCAUGUCCCUCUUGUCUCCUUAAUGAGCAGACUGAAUGGCAAAGCAAUUGUUGGACACCCUAUUCAAAUUGAAAUACUUGAAGAUGGUUCCACAGAUCAUCUGGUAUUCUGCAGUGAUAGUAGUAUCCAAGAGAGCACAGCUGCUCCACCUGCUUGGCCAACAGGCAGGAGGACUGCCAUGCAAAGAGUUCCCCGUUCAAAUCCAUCAGGAGCAUUGUUGGAUGGUGAUAAUGAUGUUGGCCUUGCUUAUUCUGACUGGGAGAUGAAACCAACCUUAAGAAAGUACUCAUCUUCUUCAAAUCACCAGGUUAAGGCGAGUAAGAAAAGCAGUUCAAAUGCUAGGAGGUCGUCAGCUAAGUCCCAUAAGAAAUCUUCCAAAAAAACAAACCUCUCAAGCCAGAAAGUUAGAGCCUUGUCUUCCAUUUCCACUGGGAAAAAACAUCAUGGAGAAGGUAGCCAAGCAAAGGCACAUUGGCGCAAUGACAUAUUUGGUGGUUUAAUCAGAUCAGGGCCAGGGGGAGCAGUUCCUCUAGUGACAUGUGUCCCAACAAAGGUUGUGUUCACUAGGAUAUUGGAAGCAGUUGGCAGGCCACCUCUAUCUGUUGCUCACCGUGUUAGAAUGGCUAGUCCCUCAGUGCGGGAUCCACCAUAGGCUUCAAGUGUGAUACUACAGACGGUUGGUGUUGCCAGCCCUAGACCUGCAAGUUUCAUGUACAUUCCUAUUAAUUGAAGAGGCGGACCAUUCAAUCAUCUGGUAACACCUGUGAAGAGUCAGAUUGAUAUGGUUGCUUCAUGGUAACUUGGAACAGCUGAUCUCUUAUCAAUAACGCUUGUGUAUUUCUGACUGGAGACUGAAAUCAUGAAUGCUUCACAGCAGUUGAGAAGCUGAGGCAUCGAUUCCAUGAAAGGAAGGGGCAUUCUCUUGUGUAACUAGCAUCUGGUGAUCAUGUCUUUUGGUUUCGUCACAGCUGUCUCCUGUAAAGUCUAACUUCAGCAUUUUAGAUGUCAAUUUAGGUAAAACAUUUGCAUCAUCAUAUAUAUAGUCUAUAGGCCAUAGGUUUCCUGAUGUCGUGUAUAAUGCCUCAAUUAUAUCCUGAUCUGUCUGUUAUUUGUUGUUGAGAAGUAGUUGAUUCAACUGUAUGUUUAGAAGCAUGUAUGUAGUUCGAUGUAAUAUAUCAGGCAAGUAUUCAAAAAUCCAAAUGAUGUAACAAUCUAGUCGUCGAUGUGAAAUUUCCUCCAUAGUCAACAAAAAACUAUUCCACAUUUUCACUAUCAUGUUGAUAUAAACUACGAAGCAACUACCUGUUUUGAGCUA